AUACGGCACAAUACGAAACUAUUCACAAAUAUUAUACCGAUUUUGAAAACUUUCUUAAAUAUUGUAUCCACUCAACAAAGAAGAAAUUGUGGCAUUGAGAAUUUUCAAUGUGACAAUGGAGAUUGUAUAGCUAAUGAGUUUUUAUGUGACGGACAAGCAAAUUGUAAAGAUCAAUCGGAUGAAACGCAAUCUGUAUGUUCUAAAAUACAAUUAACAUGCUCACCAUAUGCCUUUAAAUGUAAUUAUGGUGCUUGUAUUGAUGGUGAUCUAAUAUGUAAUGGAAAAAAAGAUUGCAUUGAUAACAGUGAUGAAACAUUAGCUAAAUGUUUACAUAGCAUGGAAAAUAUUACAACCUCUAUAAGUUGUUCCAUAAAUCAAUUCAAAUGUGAUAAUGGUCAAUGCAUUGAUUUUGAAAGAUUGUGCAAUGGCAAUGUAGAUUGCAGAGAUCAUUCUGAUGAAACAUUUUCCAAAUGUGGAACAUUAAACUGCAAUGAAUUGUUAUUUCGUUGCAACUAUGGGGCUUGCAUAGACGGUAAUUUACAAUGCGAUGGUAUAAUAAAUUGUGAGGAUGGGUCAGACGAAGAUCCAAAAUUCUGCACAAAAAUUGUAACAAAUCCAAUUUCUAUUAUAUCCAUAUCUCCUUCAAGAAGUAACACAUCAAUGCUAUCCCCAUGGUUCCCAAAAAGACCAAUUCAUUGUUUGGUACCUCCUCAGCCAGCAAAUGGUAAAUGGCAAUUACAUAAGUCGCAAUGUCAAACACAAAAAAAUUGUGACGUGCAACAAGGUGUACAAUUAUAUAGUGGUGCUUAUUUGAUUUAUACCUGUAAUCCUGGUUAUAAAAUAAAUGGUUACCCUUAUGUAUUAUGUGAUCUAGAGGGUAAAUGGUUAAAUAUUCCAAAUUGUAUUGAAAUACUUUGUAAAUCAUUGACUUCAGCAUCAACAAAUGCUAUUUGUACAUACAAUGAUAAAUGGACAGUUUGUGAAUCUCCUGUUUUACCUAAAACGAUCGCAAAUUUAAAUUGUCGUACCGGCUAUCGUCCAGAUAGAAUAUUCCUAUCAAGUACAAAAGAUCAAAUUAGAUGUAACGAAAAUGGUCAAUGGGAACCAGAACCAAUAAAAUGUAUCCCAGUAUGUGGAGUUCUUACUCCAAGCACAAAACCUCUCAUAAUAUAUGGCAAUGCUAUUGAUAUUUCUCUACUUCCAUGGCAUGCUACUCUCUAUGAAACAAAAAGUCCAGAUGGACCAAAGGAAUUUACUUGUGGUGCAACAAUUAUAAAAGAUAAUCUACUUAUCACUGCAGCCCAUUGUGUUUUUGAUGAAACAAAUAAAAAAGUAAAUGAUCCAAAAAGAUAUUAUAUAGCAACUGGAAAUAUUUUUCGUGACUAUGAUUCUCCGCUACAUGAUCCACAUUUUGUUAAAAAGGCUCAAGUUAAGAACAUUUAUGUUAACUGUUAUUAUAUGGGCUUAGAAGGAAAUUAUGGUUGGGACAUAGCUAUUUUAGAGAUUGAUGUGCCAUUUAUAUUCUCAGCUUUGUUAUUGCCAGCAUGUUUGGAUGAAACUUUUAUUGAAUUUGGAUAUGGGAUAGUUGCAGGAUUCAGUAGAACCAUUUUAGGAGCAUCAAGUUUUCUUCUAAGAUCUGUAAAACUGCCCUAUGUUCCUUUUAAUCAAUGCAGAUCUGCAAGCAAUGCUGAAUCUGAGAAGUUCAUAAUGCCUGACAAAUUUUGUGCGGGCAAUACAAAUGGGACAUCCAUCUGUGAUGGUUAUGGUGGCGGAGGAUUGGUAUUUCCAAAUGGAGAUUUGUGGUUUUUAAGAGGUAUUGUUAGUAUUGGUCUUGGUAUAACGGUAUCAGCUAAAAGUGAACAUUGUUAUAGUUAUUCAUAUGCUCUUAAUACACGUAUUUCAAGUCAUAUAAUCUGGAUUCAAGAUAUUAUUCUCAGAUUAGAAUCAUCUAAACCAAUUCCUAUGUGUUAUAAUUCACAUCGUAACACAUUUCUAUAAUUUGAUAAUAAAAUUUGAUAAUAAAACUGAUUUUAUAUAA